UCCCAUGUCCCAGCUUUGAGUUUGAAGAACCACACCCAAACGUCCACUCGAAAAGAACUCACAGAAACCAGUCCGAGUAAGAAAAACUGAUAACUGAAAAAGCCCAACCGCCACCUGAUUCCGCCAUUUCCUAUCCCAAGUCCAAAGUUUCUCUCUCUCUCUAUCUCCACCUAAAACGGUGGCGUUUUGUCGAAUGUUUGCCGUAAACCCUAGCUCCCUCUUCUUCCCAUCAAAACCCUCCACCUUCCGGUGCCGCGCCGCCGGGGACAUACCGGCCGGCCCCACAUUCCCGCGCUGGUUCCAGUUCCCCACCCCCGCCGCCGCAGAAAUCUCUGGCGGCGUCCGAAUUGGCCACGACGCCGACGCAGCUGCUGGAGACGGCUGGUCUAGGCGCGGCGUCGCCGCCGGAGGCAGCAACGGCGUUAAAGUGAAUGCCAGAGAGAAGAAAUGGUCGCGUCGUGGAGAGAGCUACUUGGCGGAUGAUAGCGACGCUCUUCCGCUUCCAAUGACCCAUCCGGACUCUUCUCCUGUUUCUCCGGAAGAGAUCGACCGGCGGCUCCGGUGCGAUCCUCGAGUUGAGGACUGUAAGGAAGUCGUGUACGAAUGGACAGGAAAGUGUCGAAGUUGCCAAGGAUCGGGAUAUGUCAGCUAUUAUAACAAAAGAGGAAAAGAGACCACCUGCAAAUGCAUACCUUGCAUGGGAAUUGGAUAUGUGCAGAAGAUAACAGCUCGCAAGGACAUUGAAGUAAUGGAGGAUUUGGAUAAUGGAAGACCACCGUGACUCAAACAAAUUUAGCUUUGAUUCUUAUCAUUUUCUAACUCGGGAAUGAUAUAUAUAUAUAAACAUUUUGAUGAGAUAUACUUUCUUGUGCAACUUUUCGGCACAGUUUUGAAAGGAGGGAUUGCACAACAAGCCAAAAGAGCAUUUGUACCUUUUUGCAGAGAAUGUAUUCUUUUCUUUUGUACCAUUGCUUUUCUACAACCAAUCUGUUUAGAACAUCUUCGAUGCUUAUCUAAAUUUCUAUCUAAAAUGGCCAACAAAAGCUAUUUUUUCUA